CCUUUCCCGACACGCAGUUGCCCCUGCAGUUUGAUUUUUUUUUUUUUUUGAGGGAACCCUGCAGUUUGACUUGACGGGCUUGGAUGAGAGGACAGGACAGCUAUAGCAGGGGACGAGCUCGAGGAAGACAAACAUCACCAUGCCUUCCUCCCCCUCCGCCAACCCGGGCCACGGCGUCGGCACCGCCGCCGUGCCGUCCAGGACCACGGGCGCCGAGGGCUUCGCCUCGAUCCUGGACACUCAGGGAGAGAUCGACGCGCUCUGCCGGGAGCACGGCGUCCCCGAGGGGUUCACCGCGCUCCCCGCCGGCGACCUGCGCGCGAACUCGACGCCGCCGCCGGGGGCCAUCUGCGUGUACGCGCGCGCGCUGGAGGCCGGGAUGCGCGUCCCUCUGCACGGCUUCUUCCUCGAGGCGCUCGCCCACUUCGGCCUCGCGCCGGCCCAGCUCACGCCCAACGGGUGGCGCAUGAUGGCCGGCUUCCUCGCGCUCUGCCGCUCCGCCGGCGUGCCGCGGUACCUCGCGGUGUUCCGGCAUUUCUUCCUGCUGUCCGUCCUCAACCACAAGCACAGAAAAGGCUGGUACUUUUUCCGACCCAGGGAGGGCUCCGGCUUGCGCUUCACGGGGAUGCCCAACCCGACCUCCAUUGCUAUCAAGGACUGGAAGCGCGAGUUCUUCUUCCUCUCUUCGCCGGAUCCGUGGCCUUGCGCCGUGGAGUGGGUCGAGCCGUCCAAGAGCGCACUCAUGAAGCCGGUGCUCACCGCUCAGGAAAACAAAUCGGCGGCCAAGUUGCUGCGCGUUUACGGGGGCGCCGCCGUUGAUCUCAGGACAUAUCUCAGCAGCAGCAACCUUGCCGCCGCCAUGAUAGCGACCACUGCAUCCCCGCCGCCGCCGCCGCCGCCAUCUACUCCUACUACUCCCAGUUCCAAAGGCAUGGAUCCCGCUGUCCACGACAUGAUAAAGGUUAUGCUCGCGGAGAAGGCGGCCGCGCAAGCAUCGGCGUCAGCGUCGGCCGUGAAAGCCGAGCCGGGCAGCAACGCAGCUUUGUGCGGGGAGAAGAGGGGUCUGGAGGAAGUGUUUGCGGCCAAGGCGGCCGCGCAAGCGCCGGCGAAGAAGAGGAUUCGGGAGGAAGCUAGGGGCAAGGAGGAGGUUCCGCCUCUUUCGGCGCUGAACACGCCGCUUUCCAGCGUGUGGUCGCCACCGCCGGGCUUCUCCGGGAAGUCACAGCACAUUCCCAGCAGGCACGACGGAGAUAGCGCGGACUGGGUGGCUGCACGUGAGCUGCUCCAGGGCGCCGUCGCGCCGCCGCUGGAGCGCGCGUUCGCGGCGAACGCGCCUUCCGAGGUCGUCAAGUCGACCUACGCUGCGAUUCUGCAGGCCGCGAACUACGCGUCGUUCUCCUUCCGCCACGCGCUGGAGCUGGAGGAGAAGCUUGCUGGCAGGGAGCGCAAGGCCGCGGCGCUGCGGGAGCAGCUGGAGGAGGCAAAGGCCGAGCUCGCAGCGGCGAAGCAGGCGGCAGAGGAGGAGCAGGCAAAGGCGAGGGACGAGCUGGAGAAGGCCAAAGGCGACGCUGCCGUGGCGAAGCGGGCUGGGGAGGCGCAGGCCGAGCUCGCCGCGGCGACGGCGGAGGCGGUGAAGAAGGGGGCCGAGCUCGCCGCGCUGAAGCGGGCCGCGGACGAGGCGGCGGCGGUGCAGCAGCUGCUGGGGCCCGAGGAGCGCGUGCGGCGGCGCGCAGAGCACGCGCUGGAGGCGUACGAGCGCUGGCGAGGCCGUCACGCUCCGGCCGGUCGUGUUGCUUGAGUGGCUCGAUGGAUCUUUUGGAAUUUGAGAAAUUUCUAGACGACUCCUCGGCACAUCGCUAGACAUGAGGAAUAAAUCAUUUGGUCGAUCGAUUCUA